GUUGAAUUGAGCAUCAUGGCAUCAGGUUGAACAUUUUUAGAUGUUUGCUCAGCGCGUCGCUUCGCUUCUUGGCUAUCAUGUUGCCCGAUCUGCUCCGUUACCCUGGCAACGAUGGGCACCCCGUACGGUACUCUACACCCUAACCAAUGUAAGCCCACGUGGCUUGGCGCUCGUUCAGUUUUGUGCCUUGCUGUGGUUCACUCUCUUUUGCUUAUUAGUAACAACUUGGGUUACAGAGGAGGUUUCCUGCUUACGAGUACUACAGCGACACGCAACGCAAGAUCCAGCUGAACAAACUAUUCGCCCAAGUGAAUGACUAGGCUUAGGCUAGGCUGCUGAUCGCCUGUACCGUGGUGUCAGCUUUCGUCGCGCUCUCAAUCUACAGAUGUUCCAUGUCCACGUACUGAUGACCGUCGCCGGUGCGUCGUGGCCCUGUUACACGCUCGCAGAACUAAUACCCUACUGUGGGUCGUAUUGCACUGGGCGACUGGGUCGUGCGAUAUCCUUGCCGGUUUGGUACGGGAAGAGCUGAACCGUUCCAGUACUGUACCGGUUUAACCCAGUUCACCUCGACCACAAGUCGAACCAGGAGAGAGGUUCGUAGCGUAAUUACUCCACGAGCGAGAUCAUCUUACAACAUUCGGUAUCGUUCGGUGCGAUAUGUCGUUGGUGAUAGAGGGGAUUGUGGGCUUCUCUAUGCAGGUGUCGACGAGCCACAAAGCUUACAGUUACCAUCGUCUCUUCUCUUUUUUCCCUGACGAUUGGUGGUGUCAAAGCAUAUUCGACUAUGGCUUUUCUACCGCUACUACGAACAGGGAAAAGUUGUUGAGAAUGUGCGUGUUUUUGGAACAACCAUUAAUGAAAUUGCUUUAGAAAUACAUAAUAACUAUCUGUAUUUAAUCGGUAAUGUGUUGAAAUUUGUUAUAUAUAUACUCUUUUUUAACUACGGUUUGCUACACGUUUUCAACACCGAGCUACACGUCUUCACCGAGACUACUAUGAUAGCUGGCAAAUAUUAAAAUACUGAAUACCUAAGCUAUGGCGAGUGUUCAUUAAAAAUCCACUUAGGGAUUACAUGAUGGACCUGUGAUCAACCAUCAGAGAUUGCAGAAGACAUAUACCUGCGCCUAACGUCUCAUGCGGAGUUCGUUUGUCACGCGAUGUCACUCGAUAAUUGGUCUCCUGAGUUUGGCGAGGUGGCAUCGUGAUGCAGCCAAGUGCACCGGCACGAUCAGUUGCGCCCAGGUCGGUGCGCACGACGCCGUGUUGCUAACAACAUGGUGCUGGAUCUACUCUCCAACAAGCAGCUGUUCAAGAGUGAUUUCAAACAAUCAACCCAUCGGCUGCUGCGACUCUGUCAGGUCUUCGGAACCAUCCCGUGGGAUGUACGGUUGUACGAGACAUCCAAGGACCCCGCGCUGCUGCAUCGCUGGAAGUGGCGCCUCAUCCGAUCCGUCAAUGUGCUGCAAUCGAUCGGACUGAUGGUUACGGUAAUCGGGGCAACCGUGCUGCAGCAUAUCGAGUUCGAUUGCCACUCCGAGUUCGAGCCGCCCGAGAACGGCUGCAACAAGAUGCCAUUUAUGACGCGCAUGCUCUACAUUACCGAGUACAUCAUGGCGAACGCGCUGGUGGCCAUGGUGCUUAUCGGUUGCCAUCGUCAGCGCCGCUAGUACGCCAGGUUCGCCGAGCAGCUGCUCACGAUCGCCGUCGAAAUCGCGAGUUGUGGUGGAGCCGUCGAUUUCGUGCGGAUCGAAUCGUUCUUCAACCGGCUGCUGGCCUGCACUGGACUCUACUUGG